AUGGAGAGUAUAUCUCUUCUACUGAUGUCCUCAGUCACGACCACCACUUUUCCAACCACCCUGGCAUAUUAUGGCGCUGGGAUCAUCGGCUUUUUCACUCUCGCAUCUUUUGGCAUGAAGAAAAUCUUUGGCUGUUUUCGCUGGAUCCCGUUUUCACGGAACGAUCUCUCCACAAACGUCAUCCAGGACUUAAGGCAGACGUUAUCACAAAGAGAUGCUGAGAUUGCGGAACUUCGAGAAUCUCUUUCUACUGCGGAGAACAGGUCGACGAAUACAGCACGAGAAUUGGAAGCCUCGAGGAAAGAAAUCGAACACGUGAAUCGAACACGGACUAAUUUGGAAAAGCGUGCAAGGGAGGCGCUGGUAGGGAAAGAAGCGCUGGAGCAUGAGUUGGGCACUCGAGCAGAGGAGCUGGCUACGUCGAGAGAGGACGCGAACACUAUCCAGGAGGCACUGAACCAGACAAAGACGCUGUUGGAUAUGCGGACCGCAGAGCUUAAGGUCGCACAAGCGUUCCUACCGAGAUCAGAUCGAUACGCGGGAGCAGACAUUAUGAAGAUGGUUGAAUCACUCAAUUCAGAGAUCCACCAGACCGCAUCCAUCAUGGCAGACGUGUUUUCACCAGACUUGCAGGGCCCAGGAACAGUUCUUGGUGAUGGCGAGGUGGGAUUACACGAGGCUGCUGUGCACACUGAAGAAAUCUUGGGAGAGGGUAUGGCAAAGAUGCUUCAGACGUUCAACCACCAGGAAGAGAAUAUCCUCCUCCAGAUCGCGUUCCAAGCAUCGAUGUGCGCGUUCACCGAAUGGAUCAUGGACUCUUGGUGUUAUCAUGACAGGGAUUCAGAAGUCGAGGCUGUGCUGCAGGAGACAUACGAACAACUACGAGAAACAGAUAUCUUUGGGUAUCGCCUAUUAGAGGAACAGCCCGUGUCUGCAAGGUGGCGUAUCCUAACCCGAAAAUAUGUUCGUAAACUCUACCCUAGAGUUGAACAACCAAAUCUAGCAUAUCACAUCCUUGCCGCAUGUGCCAACAUCUUGAUCACCUCCGGCCUUCACGAAUCGGAACAAGGGCUCUUGGACAAGCUCGCAACACGAUUUGCCGACAGAGUAGCACUGAUAGUCGAAAGAGCCGUCCAUCUAAACAAUGUCAUUGGCGACGACAUCACCUCUUGCGAGUUUGUUCCGAUCUAUUGCACGCCGGAUGUCGCCUUCGACCCCAGUACGAUGGAAAACGCCACUGAAAAUGGAUCUGCGACGGCAGGUCAUGAGGCCAUUUUUGUGCAUAACGAGAACAAGAUCCUUUGUACGACGGAUUUGGGACUUUUGAAGGCAGAGAAGGUGCACGGAGAGGAGGGGACGUGGAAUAAUACAGUUUUACUCAAACCAAAGAUCGUUAUGCCAUCUGGUUUGACCGCCUCACCCACCGAAUCCGAAUCCCCUGAUUGGAGGACUCAAUCACUCCAUGGAGAGCGAGAAGAGUCGUAA